UUUUAUUUAUUUAAAAUGGUGAAAAAUUCAGAUUCCUACCAUAAUUUACUUUCAAAUAGAAUCGUUGACUUAAAGUGGUUGCCACAUGAGAAUUUUACUUGUCUAGCAAAGGAAAGGGAAAUGAAAGCUGCACCAACAGUAGUAGCAUUCCUGUCUUCUUCUUCAGCCCUACAUUUAUCUUUACCUUACUCGGGGAAUCUCAAUUCCUUCUUCCAAUCCUCUGCAUCUCGCUGCAUCCUCCGCCAUACACCACCAAUCUUCCGCCGUUCAAACAAUUACCGCACCCAUCAUCAUAUUACCAAACAAUUAAUCCGUACAGCAACCACCACCGCUUCUGCUUCGUCAAUGGCCUCUUCUUUCAAACCCGACCAAGCUAGGGUUCCUCCUGCCCUCCAAUUGCCCACCCCUCAAAUCACCAAGUUCAAGAUCGCACUGUGCCAAUUGUCGGUGACGGCGGACAAGGAGAGGAAUAUAGUUCAUGCUCGCACUGCCAUUGAGGAAGCUGCAGAAAAGGGUGCCAAGCUUGUUCUGUUGCCUGAAAUAUGGAAUUCUCCAUAUUCAAAUGAUAGCUUCCCAGUUUAUGCUGAGGACAUUGAUGCUGGUGGAGAUGCAUCUCCUUCGACUGCCAUGCUGUCUGAAGUUGCUCGUCUUCUGAAGGUCACAAUAGUUGGUGGCUCUAUACCAGAACGCUGUGGGGAAAGGUUGUACAAUACUUGUUGUGUCUUUGGAACUGACGGAAAGCUGAAAGCUAAACAUAGGAAGAUACACCUUUUUGAUAUUGAUAUUCCAGGGAAGAUUUCAUUUAAAGAAUCAAAGACACUUACAGCAGGAGAGACUCCUACAAUUGUGGACACAGAGGUUGGGCGUAUUGGUAUAGGUAUCUGUUAUGACAUUCGAUUUCAGGAACUUGCGAUGUUAUAUGCAGCCAGAGGUGCUCACUUGCUAUGCUAUCCUGGGGCAUUUAACAUGACAACUGGACCAUUGCAUUGGGAGUUAUUGCAGAAGGCAAGGGCUGUAGAUAAUCAGUUAUUCUUUGCAACUUGUUCACCUGCUCGGGAUCCUGGUGCUGGUUACGUGGCUUGGGGCCAUUCCACACUUUUGGGACCUUUUGGAGAAGUAUUAGCUACCACAGAACAUGAUGAGGCGAUAGUCAUAUCGGAGAUUGAUUAUUCACAAAUUGAGCUCAGGAGGACAAACCUUCCAUUAGAGAAGCAACGACGAGGUGAUCUUUAUCAGCUGGUAGAUGUUCAGAGGCUGAAUUCUGAAUGAAUUGAGUGAAGAAAGCUUGAAGAAUAAAAUAUGAUGGAGGUAGGAAAUCUAACCUUCCUCUUAAUUCAGGUUGUAUUAUAAAGAUACAGAUAUGAGUAAAAUGGUCAACACUGGUUGGAAGUGAAUGUUAUCGUACUCCAUUUCAUGUAAAAUCUGCACUAUUUGAGUUAGAUAAUAGCACUCAUAAACCUGCAUCAAUCUUUUGAACUAA